AUGCCAAAAAAAACAAAAAAACCACCUAUUAAAAAGACAAAAAAUAAACCAAUAAUUUUUUCAGAGGUAAAUCCGUCAUUUUCUCCUUCCCCCUCUCCUCCUCCUAAUAAAUCUUCACCAAGUCUCACCCACUCACCUUCACCUCCGCCCUUUCUAUCACCAUCGCCACCCUUUCUCAAUCCACCACCAGUUGUUUCAAAUGAACCACACUCUGAAGUAGUAAAUUACUGUUGGAUCGGAAAUAAACGUACACGUGAAAGAAACGUAGAACGUACACCUACACCAAAAAUUAUUCGGAAUCUUGAAAAAUUAGAAAGAAAAAAAAUUCUUUUUACUAUCAUUACAAGUAUUCUCAUAACAGGCUACUUAUUUAUUACCUUCCUUUACAAAAUCAAAUAUACCGUUGGUUUCUGUGAUAGCGAUAGUGACACAAUAGCAAGUCAUCUUUGCACAUCAUGUCCUGAUUUUGGAAUAUGUAAAGAUGGUAGACUUGUUGCCUGUGAAGAAGGAUUCAUAAUAGUUAAUUCGUCAUUUUCAUUCAUUAAUCCACUAUUGGUCAGUUGUGAAAUAGAUUCAGAUCAAGUUGUAAAAGUUUCUAAAUAUGCUAAUGCUAUUAAAAAAACAUCAGCAAAAGAAUUGGGAAAUAUCGAAUGUGGAUAUGGCGAUAGGGAAAAUUUGGAAAUAAAUAACAUUAAAUUGAAAAUCAGAAAAGAAAUGGAUAAGGAUUCAGAUCAAGAUUUUGAAAAAUUAUUUGAAUCCUCUCUCUCAAAGUUGAAAGGUGAAGGGCAUGUGGUUGUAGAAAAAGAAGAAAUUAGGCAACUUUACAUGAGAAAAAGAAAAGAGAAGGCGAUAAUUAAGAGAGCAGUUGAUGUUAUUUAUGAUAUAUUGGAAAUUGAGUCAGAAAUCAUUUCUUUACAAUGGCGUGACCAAGUUUUAUCAUUUGUUGAAGACCCAUUCCAUCGAAAAAAACUGUGGGAUGAAGUUGAGAACAUGAUUCGUAAAAAUCCAUUAGUUCGAUUAAGUAAUACUACUUAUGAAGGUUCAAGCACCUAUUCAUUGGAAUGGGUGGGACAUAAAGAUACAUAUAAUGCAACAACAACAAUAAAUUGA